CUUCAAUCACUAUGAUAAUUUUCAAGCUAUAGCCAUCUUUUCUCAGAAACCCUAGUUUACUACAAUCAAGUUCAAUAUCCUUCUUAUUCAUGAUCAUGGCACCACUUGGAGAAUCUUUGUUGUCAAACUCCUUCUCAAAAAACAAUAACAACUCAUCAAACAAACCACCAAAGCUCUCGAAUUCCGACCACCUUCAAAGAACGGUCUCGGACAUUUCUUUCGAGCUAACAAAAGAAAUUGAUAACUUAAAACUACCUUCGAUAUCUGAAGUCGAAGACGCAAAGUGUGAGUGUUGUGGCAUGUCCGAGGAGUGCACAACGGAGUACAUAGACCGCGUCCGCGAAAAAUUCAAAGGGAAAUUCGUGUGCGGACUAUGUUCCGAGGCAGUGAAGGAAGAGUUGGAGAAAAAUGGUGGGAAAAAACUAGAAGAAGCUUUAAGCACACACAUGAAUGCAUGUGUUAAGUUUAACAAAUAUGGAAGGGCUUUUCCUGUUUUGUUUCAAGCUCAAGCUAUGAAAGAAAUGCUGAAAAAGAGUAACUUAGAUGGGAAAAUUAGGGCAAAAUCUAUUAGUCCAAGGGACAAGAAAGGAGGAGGAGGACUUACACGUAGUUCAAGCUGUAUUCCAGCACUUACAAGAGAUAUCAAAAAUAUCAAAACUUAAAUCUAUCUAUCUUAAGAAAAAAUCUUAUCUUAAUAUUGUGUGACAAUGUUUACUAGUGAGUUAUGAUCUUACUAUAAGCUAGUUUUUUUAUAGGCCUUGUUAGAAGUUGCCUUAGGUUUUUUUAGGGUUUUGUUAGCCCUUUUACUUCUCUAGGCUGCUUCUUUAAUUUAGGUCUAUGUAGAUUUUUUUUUUUUAUAAAUAUUUUGAGCAAUGUAUUGGAGAUUUUAUCAAUUAUAUUUUGGAAUAAAAUUCA